AUGACGAAAGCGUGGAAAGAGCACAAGGACGUUAUCGCGAGGCUCUACAUCAAGGAGAAUCGUACCCUGGAUGAGGUCCGGGAAAUCAUGCAGCAGGACUACAACUUCAAGGCUUCGACAAGAUCAUACCGCCAACACUUUGACCAGUGGGACCUGUCAAAGUACAACUGCAAGAAGCGUACCGCUCGCCGUCAGAGCCGCGACUACCAGCAGUACCCCGAGCAGCAGCAGUACACCCCUUCCGCUGCUGCUGCUGCCGCCGCCGCUGUUGUCAUCGUCCAGGAAACUUACCCCAUGAGCCCACAGAGCUACGGCAGCAGCAGCGACAGCAUGAGCCCCGAGUCCGAGAUGGACAACGGCAGUGGCAGGCUCGACGACGUGGACGUCGGCCAGUCGUAUGGGGGCCAUCAGUACACGUACGCGGGCCAGGGCCAGAGUCACAGCCAGAGUCAGGGCCAGGCUGUCUUACAUCAACAGUAUACCCAGCAGCAGCAGCAGCAGCAACAGCAUCAUCAUCACCAACAGCUGGAGCAGCAACAUCGACAGCGCCAGUCCUGGGACAGCCAGGUGCCGCGGAGCAUGUCCUCGCCGUGGGACCAGGCUGCCCUCCCCAGCCCUCCCGCGGAUCUGAGCGGGGACUCGUUCUUCCAGAUGUCCGGGGCAGAGGCGUUGUCUGCGCAGGGAAAUCAUCGUCCGCAGGCUUAUGCUACGGUGAUUCAUCCAGACCAGUAUCGUCAGCAACAACAGCAGCAGCAGCAGCACUACCAUCGGCAGCAACAGGGCGUGGAUCCUCGGAUGAUGCCGAGGCGCCUGUUGGCACCGGCUCCGCAACGUCCGGUGAGACCGGAGCGACGGGAGUCUGUUCCAUAUCACGAUGCUUUACACUGUGGGUUCCAUCGUUCAGGACUAUAG